AUGUUUGGUGGGAGAUUUUCUGGUGCCAGCCUGAACCCAGCUCGCUCUCUUGGUCCCGCUAUAAUACUUGGAUAUUGGGAACAUCACUGGGUCUACUGGAUUGGUCCAAUAUUAGGUGCAGUCCUGGCUGGAGUGUCUCAUGAGUUCAUCUUUGCCCCCAGUGCGUCCAGACAGAAGCUGGUGGCUUGUUUGACCUGCAAGGACAUUGAGAUUGUGGAGACGGCCAGCGUGUCUCGAUCGUCCCUCUCCACUGUCACACAGAGCGCCAUGAGAAACAAACAAAGCAACAAACUGGAGCACAGCUAAGCUCACAUUCAGCAGAUUAAGAAUGCAGGUUUUUACAUUUAGUCACAAACAACCAAUCAAUGGCUCUUAUUCAUGAAACAGAACAAAUCUGUGUAGAUUCUUCAUACAUGAAUUGCAC